AUGUUAUAUUACACUCAUCUUUACAUUGUUAGGUUUAUGAUUACAUGUUGUCCAAAACAUUCGACUUGAAAUGCUUACAACCGCGUUGCCUGACUACGAAACCUCAACCAACUUUAACAGGACGACUGCAACAGUCCGAGAUGAUGGGCGUGUAUUUCUACCUGUUUUCGGCCAGUCGGGAGUUUGGUUUUGGAUAAUACACAUAGGAGGUGCUUCUAGUCUCUUUAUCAGCAUCUGUUUCAGUUUUGGUUUGGUCGUUUACCUUGGUGUGAUGGGGAAACGUCGCAGUCGAUCGUUUUGGCAAUGGAAGUUACCAGAACGCUUGGUCAUCUAUCUCGCCCUUUGUGAUCUUUUGUGGAGUAUCUCCCAUAGUAUUGACCACUACAUAAUGAUUACCCUGUACGACCAUGUUCCCGACCUCCCGUGCACCAUCCUCGGAUUCCUUCUCAAUGAGUUGAUAUUCAUGCAGGCCAUAGUCGUGAUAUUUACCGCCAUAAGCGCGUUUGUAUUAAUCGUGAAAAACAAAAAAUUGCAACUUGGAAAGUAUGACUGGAGAUUGCUGACUUCAUCUAUUGGGAUUCCAGCUGGAAUUGGAUCUGUGUUAGUGCAAUUUGACUUACUCGGUCCAAGUGGAGCAUGGUGUUUGAUUGAUGGGCGGAACCCUCUCUCUGGGCUUGUUAUGUCAGUUUUGUCCGUUGCUAUGAUCUUUACUUUCCUGUUUAAUCUCGGAUGUUACGCCGCAGUUGUCUUCACUGUGUGGAGGGUCACAAAAAACAUCGCCGACUUUAACAGCGAUGAGGCUGCAGCGAAGAAGAAUUGCAUCAAAACCACCAAAACGUUGGUGAUUUUCGUCAUUGCGUACGCUGGGCAGUGGUGGGCCUAUACGUUCUACUCAUUCUGGGCAUUUGCAGAGCUCCCGCCCAAAUGGUUGACACUCAUGACAAUAAUAUUCGCAAAUAUGGGUGGUGUUUUCAACUUUUUCGCCUACAGCAAGUUCCGUAAGUCACUAGUUGAAGGUGCUAGUACAAGCAGAAUCAGUGAAAAUAUACAGAAUCAAUGA